GGUGAUAGCAACACAAAACAAUCUGGUUGUACAAUUAAGCCCCAAGGCAGAAGUCAUUACUUUCUGCUCUCUUUUUAGAAUAGACGGUUCAUCAAUGACAUGGUGAAGAUUUAUUCUAUCACUGCCACUAAUGCAGUUGAUGGGGUGGCGUCCUCAUGCCGUGCCUGUGCCCUCGGUUCUGAACAGUCGGGCUCAUCGUGUGUCCCCUGCCCCCCAGGCCACUACAUUGAGAAAGAAACCAACCAGUGCAAGGAAUGUCCCCCCGACACCUACCUGUCCAUACAUCAGGUCUAUGGCAAGGAGGCUUGUAUUCCAUGUGGGCCUGGGAGUAGAAGCACUCAGGACCACUCAGUUUGCUAUAGUGACUGCUCUUUCCACCAUGAAAAAGAGAAUCAGAGUUUGCAUUAUGACUUCAGCAACCUCAGCAGCGUGGGCUCGUUAAUGAAUGGACCCAGCUUUACCUCCAAGGGAACCAAAUACUUCCACUUCUUCAAUAUUAGUUUAUGCGGACAUGAGGUGAGUGCUGGCUGUCAGAGUGAGAUGGAGCUGUAGCUCAGCUCUGAUCAAGUUGAUAUUUUCUGUGUGGAUGGCCCAAUAAAAACCUCUAUGGAAGCUAACAACCAAAUGUCAGAAACUGAGCUGUGAUUGCUUAAAUCCCAUGCUGCCUCCUAGCACAUUGGCAGCUUUCUGCAGCAGGGCCGGCCUUGUCUGCGUCUCCGUCCAUCAAAGCACUCAUUAUCCAGCCCCUGGGAGCCCAGAGCUCCAGUUAGGGUGUAGGAACUUGAAGGAGCUUUCUCUUUUGUCCAACUGGUUCAGGCUUGUUGGUCUCACCUAUUUUUUAGGCAGGUAGUUUUGGUUUGAGAAAGUUCUACUGUUCCUUAUAGUGUCCCUUUUCUGUUUUAAAAAGAAAAAAGACUUCCAAGAGGAAGUUUGUCCAAAAAAUUAAAAAGGAGGUAAACAGGGAACAAAUGUCAGCUGAUCAGGUAGCAUCUGCUACUAAAUACUGGGAUCUUAUUGUUCUGUGGGAAGACGCUUUAAUUAAUGCUGGUAAUGGGAAAAGUUACAGGACUAUAUGCCCAGUAUUUUUAUACAUCUACGAGGCUAGGAUUGGAAAGUACAUGUAUGUAUACACCUUUGGCAAAGAUGAAAGUGUAAUAAGGCAUUUCCUCCAUGUUUUUUUCCAUAUUAACU